AAAAAAAAUUCUAGAAAAAGAACAGUCUGUACUGAACCAUACUAGAAGCUAUAAGCUUUGCUGUAAUCGUGAAUAGUUUAAUAUAUAGUUAUUAAAAUAUGUGUGACUGCUUCAUAAAAUAUUAUGUUGGACUAGAUUGAAUUGUCUAUGGUUGACAGUAAAGAAGAUAAUAAUUAUUAUAUUUGACUGAUUUUAAGUCAUAUUCAGAAUAAAGUAAAUCAUCGAAAGAAAAAUUCUACAAGAUAUACAGAAUAUUCGUCAAUAUCAAUUACGACCGAAAAGACAACAAAUCUACUGUCAAUUUGGAAUAAACACGGCAAGCAAGUUUAACCUAGCUGCACUGUUCUGAAGAGGUGACGAUUUCAAGACAGUGAGUUCGCCAGUUCCGAGUGAGUCCAGGACCUAAAACGAAGAAGGAUAAAAGUGUGAUCGUCCCAAGAAUCCACCCAGCCCAGCUGAAUUGAACACUGGACCACUCACCACCUCAUCCUAACAUUGAAUUCCAGGAUGAAGCAGAUGACCCCAACUUUUGAUGUGAAAUAUUGUCAAGCUGACAGGUGUUUAACACGUUGAUUUAGCCAAGGAAAUAUCAAACACGUCGACCUCGGCGGCAGCGGCGGUCGACCUCGACACCGUCACAGAGUAGAGAGCGCAGUCGCCGGUGCGGCUGAGUGUCCCUGCGUGCGGCUCGACGGCGCAGACAUGGUCCCGACUGCAGCGCUGCUCGCCGCGCUCACGGCGGUCGCCGGCGCGUCGCUGCCUUUGGCUUCUUAUAUGAGACCGUGCUCAAGAAACGACCCUGACCUGGACAAAUGUACCCUGGAACAUGGACUUGAAGCUAUACCGUACUUAUUAAAAGGCGACCCGAAGUACGCUACCCCGGUGCUCGACCCCAUGGAGGUGGUGGAGAUCAAGAUCGAGGACGUGAACAAAGGCCGUCGCCCCACGGGAAUCGACAUCACCAUGCGCGACGUCAAGAUACACGGCCUGGACCGCAUCCAGAUAAAGAAAGCGAGGUUCGACUUGAAGAACAAGAAGAUAGACAUCGCUGGUAGCUCUCCCCAGGUCGCGCUGCUGUUCAAGUACGAGAUUGACGGGAAAGUCCUUCUGCUGCCUAUCGUGGGGCGUGGAGACGGGGUCAUCAACAUGACUGAUGUGGAUGUGUCGUACAUGAUAGACUAUGACCUUGUGAAGAAAGAAGACGGCUUGGAAUACAUGAGCCCAGGAGACCACAAGUUCGACUACAAAACCAAGCAUAUGGUGUGGCAGUUGGACAACUUGUUCAAUGGGGACAAAACCUUAGGAGACAGCACCAACCGGUUCCUGAACGAGAACUGGGACGUGCUGAACGCGGAGCUCGGGCCGUUCAUCUCGCAGGCCCUCGGGGAGGUCAUCAAGAGCAUCCUGACGGCGGUCAUGAAGCUCGUUCCCUACGACAGCAUCUUCCCGGAGAAGGUGUGAGAUGCUGGAACAACUCGUGUUGGGCGACGAGCCGCGAGGACGAGCGCUGCAGGACACCGACUAGACGUUUCAGCUCAACGACAGGGCUUCCAACAUUAAAAAUAAUACGUCCAUAAUUUAAAAAAAAAAUGUGUAACGAUUAAUAGCUGCAACUGAUAUCUCAUGCCAGACUAAAUUAAGUGAUUUUUACGUUGUAUUUUUUUUUUUUCAUUAAACAACCUAAUAUGCAAACUCUGUUGACAUGUAAAUCUUUCGUGCAACAUUUAUCUUGUAAUUAAUUUCCAGUGACCGUUUGAAAAAAAAAAUGCUUCGGAACAAUAGUUAUUGUGACGCAACAUUCUAUGUAAAAAAAAGAAGAUUUUACGGGAGAUAUAUUUAUUCAACAUUUUCAGCAGCCAUAAGUCUCCGGUUUUUGCUAAUGGCAGCUUUUGUGGAAAAAAAUUAUUAAAAAAUGAGACUGUAAAGUUUACUUGUGUAUAUUACCCAUCUAUAGAUACCAAUAAAAUAAUUUCUACGCA